AUGUUUACAAAGAACCCCCAACACCCCCAAACAAAAGAAUUAAAACAGUUCUCACCUCUGGAAAGCACCUCACCACAAAGCCCAAGUGGCGUCAAUGUUCCCUCCCGUCACUGCGAUGGCGCAGCGGAGAGAAAACAAGAAACCAAAACAACGGGGGUGAAUUCACCCUACGAGCCAUCCCCCAAGCGGCGGAAACUUCUUCACAGGCAUCUCUCCUUAAUCCUGCUGCGGGACCAAAUGCAUUUCCCCACAACACACACAGAAGCACGGAUACUUGAGGACACGGAACAUGCGGUGGUGCGGGGUCGUGCACUUCCUGUGGAGCCGUACGCGUCCGCCAGCCCAAUGGCGCCGCACUGCACACUCCGCCACAGCACCACUCCACCGCUGUGCUUCACAGAGCACUGCAACAAUAAACAAGCAACGUUAAAGUAA